GGUGGUGGUGGUGGUGGUGGGGUUGGGGGAGAGGAGGAAGAAGCCCCUCGGAUCUACUGCGGCUCCAUCAUCAUCAUCUCCUGUGCAAGUGAGUGAUAUAUGAGUAGAGAGACAGAGGAGCUUGGUGGGGGAACGGCCAUGAAGGAGAAGAGGAGGAGGAGGAGGAAAGGCCACGGCUCCCUCGCCGCGCUCCUCUUCGUCUUUCUCUGCCUCGCCGUCGUCGCCGCCUUCGCCUUCCCCGCUCUCCGCCUCUACGGACCAUCGAUCCGGCCGGCACUGAAACUCUCAGCAUCGAUCCGGCCGGCAAUGAACGCCGCCUCCGCCGAGCUCUCCUCUGCCACUGCCUUGGCGCCGCCUUCCCUAAGUAUCAAGCAUGCUGUCUCCUUCCCCGACCGCGUCCUCCUCGUCGUCGUCGGCCACAACUCUUCGUCCCCUUCCGUUUCCGUUUCCGUUCCCGACCUCCGAUGCCUCUACUUCCCCUCCUCCUCCUCUUCGCAACUCCGCCUUCCUCCGAUUUCCUCAAUUCAUACUCCCCCUUCCUUCCUCAUCCAUUGCCCGAAUUCGCCAUCCGAAUUCAACAUCUCCCUCCAGCUCUCCCCUUCCCUCCACCUCCCCCCGAUCCUCCCCUACCGGUGGGACCGCCUUUCUUACGCCGCCGUCGUCGACUUCCGCGAUAACUCCACCCUUGUCUUUGCCAAGGGCUUCAACCUCCGCCCCGCCCGCCUCGCCGUCGCCUCUCGCUAUGAGUGUGUCUUCGGCUGGGACUGUUCCAUCCCCAAGUACCUCCUCACUACCCCCGCAAUUUCCGUUGCGCAGGAAAUCGUCCGAUGCGCCACACCCCUCAGCAUCCUCCGCCGCCUCCGCCUCCGCCGCCCAUCCCCCGCGAAAGACCCCCCUCUUGUCUCCGUCAGGACCAAGGGCCGCGGGGCCGUCACCCUCCCUUCGGUCGCACGCCCCGAGAUGCUCUCCCCUCCGCCAAUUCGCUGGACAAUCAAAGAGCAUUCCAUGUGUGUGUGCACUAUGCUCCGCAACCAAGCUCGGUUCCUCCGCGAGUGGAUCAUGUACCACGCUGAGAUCGGGGUCCGGCGGUGGUUCAUCUACGACAACAACAGCGAUGACGACAUCCAGCAGGUGAUCGACGUACUGAGCUCCUCGUCGAACUACAAUGUGACCCUUCAUUCAUGGCCAUGGGUCAAGACCCAGGAGGCCGGCUUCGCUCACUGUGCUCUUCGCGCGCGAGACCACUGCGAUUGGCUCGGGUUUAUUGACGUCGACGAGUUUCUGUACUUCCCCGCUGAGUCCACACUGCAGGAUGUGCUGUCGAACUACUCGAGCCAGCCUUCUGUCGGAGAGCUCCGGACGGCAUGCCAUAGCUUUGGGCCCUCAGGGCGGAAAUCCAUGCCCGCGGAGGGCGUCACGGUAGGCUACACGUGUAGGAUGAACGCGCCAGAGCGGCACAAGUCGAUCGUACGCCCUGACGCUUUGAAUCCGUCCAUGAUCAAUGUGGUGCACCAUUUUCAUUUGAAGGAGGGGAUGAGGUAUGUGAACAUGGGGCAAGGAGUCAUGGUCAUCAAUCACUACAAGUACCAAGUGUGGGAGGUGUUCAAGGACAAGUUCUAUCGGCGGGUCGCGACCUAUGUUGCCGAUUGGCAAGACGAAGAGAAUGUCGGGUCGAAGGACCGCGCGCCCGGGCUAGGGACCAAGGCUGUGGAGCCGCCGGAUUGGCCGAGCCGGUUCUGCGAGGUGAACGACACGGGGCUCAGGGAUUGGGUUCUGAGGGUUUUCGCCGAUCGCCGCACCGGACUCCUUCCCUGGUAGUUUGAGAGGCAGCAGUAUCACUGGCUUCAUCAGAAUUCACACACAAAGAGGUGGCAGAAAAGAGAAAGAGGAGGGAACAGCAAAGUUUUAGGUAAUUUGUUGAAAAUUGAUUAUUACUCUUUAUUGUUACUUUUGAGUCUUAUUUCUUUUGUUUCUAGCAUUGAUGUUGUUGUAGUAAUUUUGUUACUAUAGAUAGAGGCAGAUCAUUCUUUUGUAGAUAAGAGACAUAACACAAUCUCUGAUUAGAUUUGAGGAUUAAAUGGAAUGAAUUGAACAGGGAGAAAUUAUUGGUUUGUGAUCGAUCAUAUUCUCUGUUCUGAUAUUUUGUGAGAUUA